AGAAACAUUUUGACAACCGCAGCUAUUGUGAUCGCAGAAAAGGAAAAUUAUUCGAUUCACACUCGCCUUUUGUACGCAAAAUUUCACAGUUUUCCGCCGAGUGUAUCGCCGUGAAAAUGCGUCGUGUACGCUAGUAAAUCCUCGUCGACGUUUCGCUCGAUUAGUAUUGUCAGCCAGGUUAUAAAUCCAGUAAUAUUCUUCUGUUUUUGUUGCAAGUUACCCACUUAAAGUGAGUCAAGGUUAACGACGUCUCCGUAAAAGAGGUUAUCCCAAGCAGUAGGUGUUGAGUAAAGCAGCUAGUCAUUGUGUGUGUGCAACAGGGGUGCUGCAUCAUGUCUCUGAAGCCUCGAACUGUUGACUUCAAUGCAAUAUGGACCAAUCUUCAAGAGACUGUCCAGGGCGUGCUCACCCUUGGAAAGGUAUCGCGCUACACGUGGAACGAUCGAUUUUCUGAUGUUUACUCACUCUGUGUGGCAGUACCUGACCCAAUGGCAGAUCGUUUGUAUGCAGAAACAAAACAAUAUCUUAUUGAUCAUGUUGCGCAGCUCUUGGAGAAGGUGCAGGAAGGUGGUGAUGGUAAUCUUAUAGUAAACUACUACAAAUAUUGGUCUACAUACUCAGAAGGACUGAAAUAUUUACAUUUAUUGUAUUGGUAUUUGAAUCAACAGCAUAUUAAGACUCAAAAACCGUCUGAUGCUGAGAUGAUUUAUGGAAAUUCUGAUUCCAAUUCGGAGCAAAUGGAAAUCAACGAAUUGUCGCUGGAAGUCUGGCGAACUGGGAUGAUUGCUCCACUUGGUAAACGCCUAGUCAAACUUUUAUUGGAUGAAAUCGAGACCGACCGAAUGCGGGGAACAAUGACUGUCCCUAUCGACGCCGUGCGUUUCACAAUACUCAGUUUUGUCGACGUGCAAAUCUACAAGAAAAAAGGUCAACUUCAGUUGUACCAAGAAUUGUUCGAGGAGCCGUUUCUAAACGCUAGUGGUGAACAUUUCAAGCGUGAUGCAGGUCGGUUGUUAGAAGAACGCGAUGUAAGUCUGUACAUGGAACGAGUUAUCGCUAAAGUAGACGAGGAACUUCACCGCGCUAAGAAAUUCCUGCAUUCUUCAUCACUACCGAAAGUAUCCCAGCGUUGUGAGCAGCAUAUGGUUGCCGAACAUCUCAGCUUCUUAUACAGCGAGAACAUGGCAAUGGUAAAAGCUGAACGCAAGAAGGAUUUGAGUAAUAUGUACAUGCUGCUCAAGAGCGUCCCCAGCGCGUUAAACAUCAUGAUUGAAACAGUACUCAAUCACAUCAAGUCGCAAGGAUUGGCUGCUAUAGAAUACUUGCAUCAUGAUAACAUUCACAUUAAUUUCGUGGAGAAUUUGUUAGAUGUUUAUCAAAAGUAUAAGGAUCAGAUCCAAGAGGUUUUCCAUGGCGAUCAGAAUUUUAUGGGCGCGUUGGAUAAAGCUUGUAAUUCGGUAAUUAACUAUCGGCCUAAUAACGGGAAAUCUCCCUGUCGGAGUCCGGAGUAUUUAGCGAAAUAUUGCGAUACGUUAUUGAAGAAAUCCAGCAAAGGGAUUACAGAGUCGGAAGUCGAUGAGAAAUUAAAGCGCAGCAUCACUAUUUUUAAGUAUAUCGAUGAUAAGGAUGUGUUUCAGAAGUUCUAUGCGCGCAUGCUGGCGAAGAGAUUGAUUCACCAGCAGACGCAGAGCAUGGAUGCUGAGGAGGCGAUGAUCAAUCGGUUGAAACAAGCGUGCGGUUAUGAGUUUACAAGUAAACUGCAUCGCAUGUUUACGGACAUGUCUGUGAGCGCCGACUUGAAUUUUAAGUUCAACGCCUUCUUGAAGAAUGAAGAUACUGACUUGGGGAUUAAUUUUGUCAUCUAUGUUCUGCAGGCUGGUGCUUGGCCUUUUGUUCAGGCUAUUGUGACGCCGUUUUCGGUGCCACAACAGUUAGAGAAAAGUGUCCAAAUGUUUGAAACAUUUUAUUAUAAUCGUUUCAACGGGCGUAAACUCACCUGGCUGCAUCACCUUUGCCAGGCAGAACUGCGUAUUGGCUACCUCAAACGACCCUACGUCGUCACCGUGCAGACCUUCCAGAUGGCCAUCCUGCUGCUUUUCGAAGCCACUGACUCGCUGACUUAUAAGGAAAUUAGCGAGCCGCUACUGCUCAACGACGAACAGUUUCAUAGGCAUUUGGUUAGUCUGGUUGACUCGAAGAUGCUUCUCUGUGAUACCGAAGAACUGACACCCAGUUCAGUACUAAACCUCAACAUGGAAUACACCAACAAACGCACGCGGUUCCGAAUCACCGCCGCGAUACAGCGUGAAGCCCCGCAGGAAGUUGAGCACACGUUAAAUUCGGUUGAAGAGGAUCGAAAGUUGUAUCUGCAAGCCGCGAUUGUAAGAAUUAUGAAGUCGAGGAAAGUUUUGAAACACAACGCACUAAUUCAAGAAGUCUGUGCACAGUCAAAAGUUUCGUUUGCACCAAGUAUCCCUAUGAUUAAGAAGUGCAUCGAGGCGCUCAUCGAUAAGCAGUACAUCGAAAGAACGCCACAUUCUAGUGAAGAGUACAGCUAUGUGGCUUAAUCCACGAUGGAGAUUUAAUGGCGAAGAGCGAUAAGGAGAAUGCUGCAAUUAUUCAUAAAUUAUAUUUAAAAUAAAAAUUUCAAUCGAUUCUUGAUGGCGGAGGAUGAGAUAGAGGUCACGACAGGCUUCUACGAUUAUGGCGCCGACUUGCCGUUAUUUAUUUAUUUCGGAUGUUUUUAUUUUAAAUGUGAAUUUGAUCGUAAACGCGAGCGCUCGAUAGUCUCUCGGUCGGUAUGCUGCUAUGCAGUCUCUCUUUUGAUAUCUGUGAAUGGUGCGAUGAAAUGAUGGCUACUGAUACGUAAGCGAUGCUUGCGGCUGCAGGAUGAUUGUAUUCAUACUUUGGAAUUACAAUAGUUUCGAUUGAAUGUGUAAAAUGCAAUGUAAAUAUAUUUGUUCAUAAAUAAAUAUGUACUAAGGGUU